AUGGCCGAGACGAAGUCCGGGUCCUACAUCUACAAUGGGGAUCCCUCGACGUUCUACGACUGGAAGUUCAGGACGGAACUGCGCCUGAAACUCUACGAAGACGCUAUUCGGUCGAAAGCGUCCCAAGCCAGGAGUACCCGAGGAGACUCCGAAGCAGGUCUGGAGGGAGAAGUUGACCCAGACCACAACGUCCGAGAGCCAGAGGCCGCGGACACAGCCGAUGAGGAGCAUGAAGGCCCUCAAGAAGAAGGAGGUCUGCAUCCAGGCGGAGCAGACGAGUACUUCGACAAGCUUUCCCAGCUCAGCGCGGGAAGUCGGAGGUCGAAGAAGUCGGGCAAAUCCGCGAAGCCCAUUUCGUUCGAGUACCUUGAAGGACUCCCCUCGAGCACGAAGGCAAGAACAGAAAUGGUACACCGUGUUCUCGAAGGCCUCAGAGACGAAGCCUUCGAACUCGCGAGGGACAUCGGUGUAGAUGCCCUAACUGCUCCAGGGGGACUUCGAAGCUUCAUCGAACGAAUGCGGGAGGUAGUGUUCCCCCGCGCGACAGAGGAAGCCCGAGAGUUGUUCCGGGCGGGACAGAGGCCAGGGACCCUGUCCAGGCAGGCAGGGGAAAGCAUGCUGAGUUACAUCUCCCGUAGACGGAGGUGGUGGAAUCUCCUGAAAACCCUGGAUGCCAGCAUCGAGCUCUCUGAGCCGAUGCACGUAGAGCUACUAUUAGAGCUCUCUGGGCUAUCUAGACAAGAAGCCCUGGUCGUCAAGGCUUGCACAGCCGACCCGAAGAAGUUCGAGCAGAUAGCAAACACCUUGGUGCAGCACUACACAGGUGUUCAUCUGCGCGAAGGCCGCGCGCUGGGAGGCAGCAACCCCCAGCCUUACCGUAACACUGGCAAGGGUUAUGGUCCUAGAUCUUACGGAUCUAAUAGGUCUAAGGGUAAAGGUUUUACCCGCAAGGCCUUCCCUGCGAUCGACGAAGACGCAGGCGAGUUAGAGCAGGAAGAGGAGUACCCAGAAGAGGACUCUUACUUUGCCCAAGAAGCCUUUGUUGCUGAGGAGAGCUGGGAGGAAGAACCCCCUGCCGAGGAAGAAGAGUUCGAGGAAUAUGAGCUGGAUGAGGACGAGGCCAUCGCCCUCAACGCCAUGGAGCAGUUCCUCGAGGAUUCUCCCGAGGUAGGACACGCCAUCCAAUGUGGUGGUAUCGGCCAUUGGGCUGGUGACCCUGAGUGCAAGUUCCCUGCAGGCAAGGCCGCAGGCAAGGCAGCACACGUCGCCGUAACGGUCCUAUCCAGCGAGGAAGGUCUGGUCAUUCCCUCGGAAGCACCAGACAAGGACCACUCUGGCUUUGUCGUUCGCGCUGCCGCAAGCAAAAGCGCAGCUAGCCGAAGUGCAGCUGUAGCGUCAGCGGCGCCAAUGCCUUUUCCGAUGGAAAUGGAAGGCGGAGAUCGUAAGUUUUACCUUGGUCAGUACAAGGGGAAGACUUACAACGAGAUUGCCCGGCUUCCAGCUGUUGUUCAAUGGGCACAGGUUCAGGUGAACCCUAGUCGCCAACUCCAAGACUUUUUAGCCUGGUUCAAUCGCUACUAUGUGAUCGAGGGCGACGAGGUUGUCACCCGAGCCAGCAUAGGUAUCCCUGAAGGAACCUAUGUGCCGCGUGUCAAGAACAAGGGCGGAAAGAAGGUACCGCCGAACCCACCAUUGGAGCCUUGCGUCCAAGGAUGCAAGGAUUUUACGCACGCAGGAUCUACCAUGAACUGGCUGCGCAGUACCUGUAGAGACUGCGGAAAGGUCACGCGAGAACCCAGAGAGGUCUCAUACACCAACGACCCAGAGACAUGCCCGCACGAGAUCAUUGAUCGACGUGGCUCGUCGCGAUCAGUGUCUCGCACGUUUUGCAAACAAUGCGGAACGUUUAUAGAUGAGGUUCCGGCUGACUUCCAGCGCCGACGUCGAGAUGCGGCAAAUCGUAUGCUCAAUGCCACUGUAGACUCUUUAUCUGUGAUGCAUAACACACAGAUUGCCGGUGAGUCAAGGGACCUUGAGCGCGACGAUGUGGAACUCAUCAUGGGUGUCUUCAAUGACUCUGUGACCACCAUGAUAGAGAUGGGGAUGCGCGUCACCCCGUCUGUUUUACACAGUCGCCUUAGCGAGGCAAUCGUUGAUGCCUUAGAGCCCACUGGUGACAGUCCGGAUUCCUGGUCCCGCGUUGGCCAUGUUGGAAUCAUAGACCCAACGGACCUUACAAAGGAAGAAAGAGUUCUUUCUAGAUGGGAGAGACUGGUUAAAGGUGUUAAUUGGCAGGAUCAUUGUGGAGCCUGGGAGGAUGCUUUCCUUAUGGGCCAUGACCGAUUAGGUAUAGCCAUUCUUGAAGCACAAUGGGCUGACCCAGCACCUGCACCGUCCACAGGCAUCAACCUGAGCCUGACGUUGGACGACCUUGAGCAGGCUCGUCCUGAGUCACCGCAAGUUCCGGAUCCUGUAGGGCCGGAGCAAGGUUGGACCCGUUUAGGCCAAUUGCCCGAGAUAGACCCCGACGAGGCUAUCGAUGAUUCCCUAGCAUUUCCUGAUUACGACCCCUACGAUCCUUAUCUCGAGUGCACCCCGACCCGUAGGGCGGCCUUAACCGAGAUUUGGAGUAGCGAGAGUUCGGUUUCCUCAAGGGAUAGCAAGCCAGAUCCCGAACCCUCCUCAAGUAGUGGUUUAGUUCCUGUCCUGCCCACAGAGGAACAGCAACCACGAGCUCGAGGUGGAUACCCGAGCGACGCUGUGACGGCGAGUUUGCAGAGGAGCCACGGGAAUCUGGGUGGUAAAGGGUCUAGUGGUCCUAGGCAUGCCCACGCAGCCUCCACUGACAUCGUUCAUCUAGACAAUUUACCCAUGGUUGACCUCUGGAGCCCCGAUGAACCUGAUGUGUGGGGAGCUUUGGAUGAAGGGUGUAAUUCCACGUGCCACAGUAGGACCUGGGCUAUCCAGACUGAAGCCCGCCUUAAGGCCUACGGAUUCCAAUUUCCCUGGCUAGAUAGCAACCCUAAGAGUUUUUCGGGUCUAGGUGCCACCUCCAGGACCCUGGGUAAGCGUAAGCUGCCUUUCUGUCUUGAGCUGGGAGAUCAAGGUAGGACCCUGGCGGGCGUGCUGGACUCCCAUGAGGUAGACACCGAUGCCCACAAUCCUCUUUUGAUAAGCCUGUUUGCUCAGAGCACUUUAGGCCUGGUUAAGGACAUGCGCUCCUGUUGCUGCUGGCUUACUGAUUCAGACGGGGAGAAGCACGAGCUUCGUCUUGCUCGGUGCAAGGAUACAGGUUUACUACUAGUCAACCUGUCAUCAUUUACCCUUAGAGGAAAUGAGUUCCCGAAGUGUGUAAGAGAAUGCAAACUUCAACCUUCACAGACUUCACAGACUCCACAGCGUAAGUCGCCCCCUGAGCUUGUUGGUAGUUGUGACGGGUUGGACCCAUCGGGCCAUCCUGCUUGCACUGGGUUGGACCUUUCGGGCCAAUCCAAAGCCAUGGCAGUGCCACGGGAGGUCGACUACCACGAGUACUUGGAAAGUGGAAUGCUCUGGGACCAAGUUCGGCCCAAAACGUUCACAACUCCACCGCCGAUAGUCAUCUUGUCCUGCGGGAUCAAGUACUACAUGAACAAGGAAGACGGCUGGUGGGGGAAAAAGGCGAGGGAUCCGAUCCAUUGGGCGGAUCGAGUACCUCAGGUGUUCCGGGAUGGUUACACGCUGAUCGUCCAGGACCUCAGGGAUCUAAGCGACCCUGCAAAUGGUGCUUGGAAUGACCACAUCGGUAGGCACCCAGAAAUCAUCAAGGGCCUGGUCAACGCCGAGGCAGGACAACGCUUGCUGCGAAAAAACCUGGUGGAUCUGUUAGACCACUACAAACGCGGCGAAAAAGUUGCGUUGGUAGCAUUUUGCACCAGCAAUCGGCACAGGUCAGUUGCCUUUGGCACGACCCUAGCGGCGUGUCUUUUGGCAAAAGGGAUCGAGGACCAUCUUCUCGUUCACCUGAACGCCAUCACUAGUUGGAAAGGCAUGGUGUGUGGAGGUGGAUGCAGCGACUGCGGUGAGUUCUCCAAGCCUGGUCUGGUGAACCUCGGAAAGCAUGCCAACUCCCUCUUGGAUGCGCUCGAGGGCUUCGACGAGGCGAAUCGUCACCAGAACCGUGGGCGCAGUGCGCCACCAGCAGGCCGAGCAGAUGCCGGCCAACGUGGAGGGGCAACCGGUUCGGUGAAGUCGGAAGAGAGCUCAAGGGUGUCGGCAAGGUUGGACUACGCGCCAGUGGUUGGUACAGCGACGACGGAGACGACCGCUACGGCGUCUUCCAGCAAGGCAUCCACUACCAGCAAGGCUCCCGCAGUAUCUGCCACGUCUAUCGUUCCGAAGGCACCGCCUGCAGAGAUGGAGAAUGACGUGGGGUACUGGAGAGAGCGCUGCAUCCGGCAGGAAGCAGCAAAUGAACACCUCCAAGUCAGACUGGUUGCUCUUGAAACUGAGCUUCGAGAGGCAAAGAGUUCUGGCGAAAGUUGGCUUUCUCGAGCCAUCGCUGCCGAGAAGGAGUUGGAGGUGGUCAAGCGAUACGAACGGAGACCUAGAUCCCGUUCUGAGUCGUAUGACUCCAAGGACGAGUCUAGGAGCCGAUCCAGAGACGAUCGAUCAAAAGACGAUCGCAGAGGCCGAGAGAGAUCGGGAUCCAUGAGACCUGGUCGAAGUGGUCCCCGCUCUACGUCAGCAGGACCGAGCAUCAAGGAGGAGCCCGACGAGGAGGAGCGUGAGGCCAGAGAGUUGGAGACACCUGCGUCAACGCCAGGUCAUACCCCUAGGGAUGGCGAGGCGUCCGUCGAGCCUGGCGCCGGCGGAGGGUCUACGCAGACGCCGGUGGAGCCACUCCCCGUGGUAGAUGGUAUGGAAGGACCCUUGGACCACAAUAGGCCAUGGGCAGCCAACCUUAGCUUCCCCGAUCUUACAAAGGUCGCGUCCAUCCUUAGGAGGACGAAACCGGCGAGGUACAACAGUAACGGGUGGAUCGGUCCGGCCACCAAAGAGCAAGGGAUGCAAUGCACCCUGAAGCACAACAUCCGUUUCUGGGUGGCUCACAAAGACCACUCGUUUGUGCACCGGUGGGACAACGCCUUAGACGACUUCACCAAAAGCGUCUUCCUGUUCCGCGGUGCGGAGCGCACGUUUUCCAUAAUCCAGAGGGAUGUGGACAUGCGCGCGGCGCUCACCAUCGAUGCCGCAGAACUGGGGGACGGCGACAGCUUCAUCAUUUUGGCCCGAAGUCAGAAGCAGAGGGCGGCCGACCACACCGGCGGCUUACCUCGGGUCUCGACCUAUAGAGGCGAGGCCAGGCCAUAUGGGCAAAGUUUGCGUCGUCCCAGCGCCAGUGCCGAAGGCAGGUCGGUUUCCUCGGACUCCUCUGCCUCUUCAGGGAGUUCGGGGUCGGGUGUCAGUAUUCCCACUGGAGCCAAGUACUUCACCCCAGCAUGCAACCUUGCAGUCCUGUCCAAGGAGUCCGGCAUCCGUGUCAUCGACGUCGGAUUGGACGCGAUGAAGCCGUGGGAGGCCGAAGGGAUUCGUAGGACCCUUCAAGAGGUUAGCCCCAGUUUAGUGGUUGUAGCUAUUGAGUACCAGGAACCGGGACUCAAUCAUAGUGAAGUUGUGGACGAGGUCAUAGCCCACUGUGAGUGUUCAGGGUCAGACUACCUGAUAGCUGACGUUGCCGACACUGAACGUUGGGGGUAUUUCUCUGUUCCCAUGUACCCAGACAUAGGACAUGGUGAUGUGAGCUAUGUGUCCAAUAAUUCGGAAAUAGCAGAUGCAUUUGAGGGAUGGACCGGUGAAGGCUAUCCAACCAUGGGACCCAGGAGUUUUUGGGAUUUGUUUUCUAGUGACUUUUUGGGUUGGUUGAUCAAUUAUGCCAAUGACCAUGCUGCAAUUUCACUUGUGGCAACAUCGUACCCAGUAUGGGACGAUGGCGAGAUUGAUGAUAGCGAGUUUCCAACCUUCGAUUCCGUUGAAAACGAAGAUGAUGUAGCAAGAAUGGACCCAGGAGAAGAGGCCAUUCAAGAGGACCUUGAACUAGACGAAGUUCAGGUCGACCCGCAGUAUCUAGAUGGACUGCGUCUGUUGCGCUGCAAUGAGUGCGAGGAAAACGUCCCGGUCAAGCGUCAAGCGCAAAGUGCCUCGAGGUACAUGGCCGCGCACGGAGUGGAUGUUACACACGCGCCGCUCGAAACACCCGAAGCCAUAGGCCGAGUGGAGAGACACGGCGGGAUCAUCAAAGGAAUGGCCCGCAAGGUCAUCAGCCAAACUCAAUCGCGGGGUUGGUUGGAAAUGCAGCAAGUACUUGAUGAGACUUGCCUGACAAAGAACAGCCUACUCAGACAGGGAGGCUACUCGCCAGCUCAAUGGGUGCUGGGUCGAGCGCCGCGUGAACUACCAUCUAUCCUUAGUGAGGAUGGGCACGCAGAUCUAGGAGCCAUUCAGGACUCUCUCGAUCCCGAGUCCGCUUUCGCGCUCCAACACAUGGUUCGUGCUGAGGCGAAGAAAGCAUUCGUCCAGCUGGACACCUCUAAACGAGUUCAGCGCGCUCUUUUGCGCAACGCGAGAGCGAUUCCUGGAGAUUACCAGGAAUCGGUUUGGUUGCUUUGCGAAAACAUUCCAGUUUUGGCGUCUGCGCAAAACCUGCGACCAGCAACGGACGCAGAGGCUUUGGCCUUUGAUAUCCUUCAUGGGAAUGCAAUUAUCCCUGAGGAAAUUGUUAAGGAUCAACAAGGGUUCGACGACUAUCGUGAACCAGCACCAACCGGGGAUCACGAUCCAGCGCCAGAUGUGACACUUGAAGAGGGCCCCAGUGAUGGACCCAUGCCAUCUAUCCUAGAGGAAGACGAGGAGCACCCGUCUCGUCGGCUUAGCAUCGCCGAGCCUGAGCAAGAGAGGACUCCAGGUGGAAGUCGGAGGCCGUCGUAUGAUGUACAGGACGAUUUGCCUGAGCAGCUGCGGCAGCACUUCCAGCGCGUAAGGGAUGCGGAAGCGACGCCACCUAGAAUUGUCAGCGACCAAAACACGGCGCUGAGUGCGACUCAAGCCCGACCGCGGGCUAAGUUCAUAGCCUUUAUGGCGAAUCGCGCGGCAAACAUUUCAAAGGAAGAAGCCAAGUCCCUUCCAGGCAGCCUCAACUACUAUGACUGUUCACCCGCUGUCCAGCGCAAGAUCGAUGAAUCUAGAAAGAAGGAAUGGAUGAAGUAUGAAUCAUUCCAAGCGGCGAUUCCAGUAACCGGUAAGAUCCUAAAGGACUUAUUGGAUGAGGGACAUGUUCCAUUGCCCUCUAAGUGGGUUGACACUGUCAAAAACAUCCACGAACAGCACCUGGAAUCAUUCGAUCCAGAAUUCAAGUCCCGCAUGGUUGCUUGUGGCAACUUUGAAGGCGAGUGUGGAGUGAGGACCGAUUCGCCCACAUCGGAUAUUGAAACCCACGCCAUGGUGUGCGCAUUCGCAGCGUCAGAAGGAGUACCUGUGCAGGGCUCCGAUAUCAAAAAUGCCUACUUCCAGGCUCUCCCAAUAGAUCGCAUAGUGCUGAUGCGACAACCCCGAGGGGGACUCCCGGGCGUAGACCCGGAAGCGAUGUUGUUAGUUCGCGUUCCUGUCUAUGGACUCCAAGACAGUGGGAGAGGGUUUUGGAAGCGCGUAGACAAAGACGCAAAAGACGUAGGUCUUAAUGCGUCGCGCAUUUUUCCCGCGUUUUACUACCACACCACGGGUAGUAAAGUGGAUCUCUUACUUACCACUCAUGUCGACGAUUUUCUUUGGGCAUCAACCCCCACUGGUGAUGAAAUCAUGAAUCGACUCUUAGAAAGGUUCGAAAUCGGCAGAAAGGAGAUCAAGAGACUCCGAUUUUGCGGGAAGCAAUUUGACCAAUCCGGCAAGGACAUAGUUAUCGACGUUAGCGAUAACACACGCCGUACUACGUAUAUCGACAUAGCGAAGGGCCGACAAUCUUCGGACCCGAUCACGCAAGGUGAAGAACGUCAACUGCGUAGCGUAGUGGGUAGUCUGAGCUGGAUAGCCAGACAAGGCAGGCCGGAUAUCCUGUACAAAGUUUCGUAUUUGCAGUCCAAGGUUAAGGGAGCCACCGUAGCUAUCCUUAAGGAGGCUAACAAAUGUCUUGAAAUUGCUCUUGCAGGAAAAGAUUUCUGCAUCCGGUGCAAAAAUGGUCCUUUCGACUUUAUGGAUCUGGGAGUUUUAACCGCCUCAGAUGCCAGUUUUGCCGGGGAGCCAGGUUUACGAUCCCAGCAGGGACGUAUUCACUUCCUAGUUCCAAGGAAGCAAUUGACCACGCCAGGCAAUUGCGUAUUCGAUGUUGCCUUGAUCAGUUUUGGAUCAACGACAAUCAAGAGAGUAUGCAGAGCAACUCUCCAAGCCGAGACGUACGCGCUACAGAGUGCGCAAGAGUCAGGUGACCGAAUUCGAGCUCUGUUGGCCGAAUUGUAUGGACAAGGCAGUCCAGGAGCUGAUUGGUACGACCGAUCCAGAAGGACGGUUCCGCGCAUGAUGCUCACAGACUGUCGUAGUCUGUCUGAGCACCUCAACGUGGAGGUCCCUUCACGUGUCCAAGACAAACGUCUCCAAAUAGAACUGAACGCGUUGCGUCAGGCGUUGUUCGAAGACGAUGGCACCCGCAGUACCGAGGUCUUUCCCGGUGCAGGUGACCAAGUUGUGUGGACCUCUACGGCCACCAUGAUCGCUGAUUGCUUGACGAAGAGUAUGCGCCCCGACUUCCUCAUCAAGGUAUUGACAGCCUGUCAGUAUCAAAUCGAGAGGCAGUCGGAGAAGCAACUAGGAUGA